AUACGUACAUACAAAAAAUAUCAUUUGAGCGAACUCAAAAACCAUGGCAGGAGUGCUCCCCUUAUCACCAACAACCCCGCUCCCGCCAUUUCCCGAUCCUCCCAAACUCAACCAGCUGCGCGAUCGCCACAGUACCGGCGACGACGAUGCCCUCCUCCUCAGCCAUCUCGCAAUUACCCAGCAUUCCUUUCCGGGGAAAGCAGCCUACAUCUCCGCCAUGAAGGCUGCCUCCCUCCACUCCUCAGAUAGCCACGGGAGAGCCGUCCACGCCUGCAUCCUCAAGGUUGGCCUCGUCGCCGAUCGCUUCAUCGCCAGCUCCAUCGUCCGCUUCUACUCUUCCGUCUCCGACUUGGACUCCGCCCGCAAGGUGUUCGACGGAGUUCCUCUCAAGGAUGCUGCGCUCCACACCACUUUGCUAACUGGCUAUGUGCAGAAUGGCGAGAUUGAGAAGGCGAGGGGCUUGUUCGAUGCCAUGCCCGAUAGAGACGUCAUCGCUUGGAACGCCAUGCUGAGUGGCUAUGCCCAGUGUAGGCUUCCGGAGUCCGCUCUCGAGUUGUUCGUGGAAAUGCAGCAGUCGAAUUGUAGCCCAAAUGAGGUCACUCUUAUUCUUGCCCUGUCAUCGUGCUCUCAGUUGGGGAGUCUGGAUUUGGGUGAAUGGAUUCAUGGCUAUAUCAAUCGACACAAUGUGGAGAUCAGGCGUUCGAUAACGCUGAACAAUUCCCUCGUCCAUAUGUAUGCGAAGUGUGGUAGACUUGAUGCAGCUUUGGUGUUGUUCCUUGAGCAGAAUCCUAAGAACUUGGAGUCUUGGAACACAAUGCUGUGUGGAUUGGCUGUAAAUGGAUGUGGAAUGGCUACUCUUUCCCUGUUUGCGCAGAUGAUCAAGUUCAGAUUACGACCAGAUAGGAUUACCUUCGUCGGAAUUUUGAUGGCUUGCAGCCAUGUAGGCAUGAUUGACACUGCUAUCAUCGGCUUCAAUUGCAUGAAGACGGUCUAUGGAGUUGAGCCAAAGGCAGAACAUGUUGGAUGCUUGGUGGAUGCUCUUUCUCGUGGGGGGUAUCUCGAUAAGGCGAGAUCAGUGCUUGAGGGCAUGCUUUUCGAAACAAAUGCUUCUGCUUGGCGUGCACUUUUAGGCGGAUGCUUUGCUCAUGGUGAUUACGAGUUGGGCGUAGUGGUGGCGAGGCAUCUCAUUGAGCUUGAGCCACUGGAGGAAAGUGGAUAUGUAGCUCUGCAAAAGUUGUAUGCGAUUACUGGUAGAACAGAGGAUGCAUUGAAAGUGAGGAAACUGAUGUGUGAUCUGGACAUCAAACAAUCCUCAGGAGCAAGCAUGAUUGAAGUGGAAGGAACAGCGUGUGAGUUCUUGGCAGGAACACUAUGAUCAUCUAGAGACAGCUUUAUUUGAGGAAGGAAGAGGUCUGUACCUUGGGUAAUGUUUCAAAGUAGACAUCAGGAAUAUCCAUCUCAGCCAGGAUUCCACUAUUAAUCGCCAUGGCCGCCUUCAGUAUCUGGUUCGCACAAUCCUUAGACAGCUGCAGCCUCUUCCUUGCUUCCUCAGACAAACCGUUUGGCGGGACUCUCGGACAGGGCAACCACCAUUUCUCCUCCUGCCUUACGGAGGACCUUCUGAACGAAGAAGACGGGCGCGCACCGCUUUUAUCAUCAUCAUCAUUUGAGACCAGGAUUCCUCGGUCAACAUACCAGAAUUCACUUGUGCAGAACCCAUCCAGCAUCUCUAGAAGCAUGGCAUCGAGUUUCUUGAGCGCCGGAAGGUUCAAAUGGAGAUCGGUGCGGGGACGAGAUACCAUCACCUCAAACGACCCACCGCCAGGGAAUUGCUGGACCGAGGGGGUGAGCUCCACGAUGUGGUCGCUCACGCUCAGGAACCAGUCCAUUUCCCGUCGCCACAUUGCCUUCUUCUGCGGCGCCAGGGGUUCCAAUCUCCAAAGUUCACCGAAAACACUUGCUGAAUGGUUACGGACAACAGGAAGCGACGUCAAAUUCAAUUUGUGAUCCGUGUAAAGUAAUGGCGGCAAAACGGAACGAAUCGGAUCUCACCGGAGAGAUUGGUGAUGGCGUUUGAGAUGGCCAGGGCGGCGCAGACGCCUUGGCCGCUGCCGGACAUGUCUUCUCCGAGGAGAAGCUUGGCGAAUCUCUCCUUCAUCAUCUCUACUUCUGAAUGAACCGAGCUAAGCAACUGUGACUCGUGAGGACGAACUGAAAGGGAGAAACAAGAGGACGAGAAGCAAGCUACAAACCGGAAAAAUCCACCGCUUUCUUCCCCCAGAACAACGCCUCCUUGUCAGGAGGCAGAGCCGCAGCCGCGGAGGAAGACGUAGCGAAGAAGUCGCUAGAGGAGUCGGAGCAGGAGACAUCGGCGCUGGGGCUGUAGCUUCCGGCGACGCUCGGGUUGUCGUAGACAUACUCCUCUUGUUUUGACGAUACGUCGACCAUUUUGCCGCUGAAAAAAAAAAAGCAAAAACAAAAAAAUGGCACUGCCAGAGGCGAUUUAGCGGGCGGAAGCAAGACGUCCGGCGGCGAAUUCUUCCAUAGAAAAUGGGAAUUGGAUAGGCAGUCGGUGAUCAUCCAUUGAGGGCUUCAGAUUGGAGAGGGGAAAGCUGGUGAGGAAGAAGGGAAAAAGCAAUCGCCUUGCUCUCUCUCGGUCACUUUUUCUCAGCUCUGUGUCAGUCGCUGUGCGCGUAGAAAUGGAAAGGAAAGCGCACUGCUCGCCCCCCUUUUGUAAUUUUCAAAAAUAUUACAGGGUUUUGUUAAAAAUAUAAAUUUAUACAAAUAUGUAUUUAGAUAAAAAACCAUGAACGAUCGAAUUGAGGAGAAAUUAUUAUAAAA